UUUUGAUUCAGGGGAUAGGGGAGAGGUGGAGGCGGGGUGGAGGGGCCCUCCGCCGUCUCGGGGUCUGUCAGCGCCCCACGUCCAGUACCAAUGCAUCGACUCGGUGCGGCGCUGUGACACUGCCAGUGCAGCCGCCGCUGAACGCUUCUCACGCCCGCCUCUUCAUCCUCCCCCUCUCCCUGCUCCUCCGUCUUUAUCCGCGAGAUCACUUAAAGAUGCGUGCCGCGCCGGGAGGCGUGCGAUGCCGGGGGUGGCGGUGUUCGCAGGCAGAUGAGACGAGGGGACGCGCUGGUGUCUGGGCCCGUCGCGCGUGUGCGCCAAGAGGAGGAGACGAACCUGGAGCGGGUGGCUUUUGUGUCGAAAUUUAAACAAAAAAAUGUAACCCCCCCCCCCCCCCGUCUCUCUUAAACUCCGGUCUCUCCUAGAGCGCUGUCACCCCCCCUCCCGCCGCCUCCUCCUCCCGCCCCACGCGCCGCCCUCCCUCUCGCGUUGUCGCGGCAGCGGCGGUGAUGCUUGGUGCUGACUCCUCCUUCGCCAUCGCCUCGACCGUUCAUCCUCGGCCACCCCGCGCCCCGUUACCUCCGCGCGCCGGGCACGAGCUGUGACCGCGGGCUUCUCGGCUGCUGUCGCGGGCGGUGAGGGCGAGGUGAGGGUGAGGUGAGGGUGAGGUGAGGGCGAGGUGAGGGGUGCGCGUCUCCGUGGUGGACAGCGAGUCGGAGGAUCGUGGCUUUGCGGAGGCUCUCACGGGUCCCUGGACCGCCGCCGCCGCCCCCCCCUCCCCCUGCCCUGCCCCCUUCGGCUCGUCUCGCUCGUCCUCUCGUCCACCCCGCUCCCCUCGCUCCCGCUAGUCCACCUCCUUGACAGCGGCCAGCAGCAGGAAAAUGGCGAGCCGAGGCGGCGCUGCGCUCGGCUCGCUGUGCUGCUGGCUGAUGUCCCUCGCGUCCCUCUCCCCGGGUGCCUCGGGGGGGGUCCGGCUGGAGCUGCGCAUCCUCGAGGAGCAGCCCGCGGGGGCCCCGGUCGGGGACCUGAGCGCGGCGCUGCCGAGCGGCACGGCGGCCCACGGCUUCUUCAUCUCGGACUCGGGAGACUCGGGCGUGAACGACGCCUUCCACAUCGCGCAGCUCACGGGCGCCAUCGUGACGGCGCGUCCGCUGGACCGCGAGGCGCGGGACCGCUACUCCUUCGUGGCCGUGACGCUCAGCGGGGUCACCAUCCCGGUGCUCAUCCACGUGGUGGACGUGAACGACCACGCGCCGCGGUUCCCGCGCGCCGACGUCGGCUUCAACGUGUCGGAGCGGACGCCGCGGGGCACGCGCCUGCCGCUGGACGCGGCCGUCGACGCCGACGUGGGCGAAUUCGACGUCCAGGGCUACGAGAUCAGAAGCGGCAACGCGGGAGGCGCGUUCCGCCUGGACGCGAGCCGGGCGGCCGCGGGCAACGUGGAGCUGGUGGUGGACGGCCCGCUGGACCGCGAGAGCGUCGCUCGCUACGAGCUGCUCCUCGAGGCGUUCGACGGAGGCUCCCCACCUCGACACGGGGCCCUGCGCGUGCACGUGGCCGUGCUCGACGUGAACGACAACUCGCCCGUGUUCAACCAGACGCGCUACGACGUCGCCGUGUCCGAGAGCGCCGCUCCGGGGACCGCCAUCCUGCGCGUGUUUGCCACGGACAAGGAUGACGGUCCCAACGGGGUGGUCAUUUACUCCAUCAACCGCAGGCAGAGCGACCCGGACGAGAUCUUCGUGAUCGACGCGCACGCCGGGGUGAUUACGCUGAGCCAGCCGCUGGACUUCGAGACGAAGACCGUGCACGAGUUGGUCAUCCAGGCGCGAGACAACGCCACCCAGCCGGAAUACGACACCGCCUUCGUGACGAUCAACGUGGAGGACUACAACGACAACCAGCCCAGCAUCAGCAUUAUCUUCCUGAGCGAGAGCGGCGAGGCGGAGAUCUCCGAGGGUGCGUCUCCCGGAGAUUUCGUCGCUCGGAUCUCGGCGUCGGACCCCGACGCCACAGACCGCGGGCAAGUGAACGUGUCCAUUGCUGGGGGCGACGGGAAAUUCGGGUUGACCACCAAGGACACCGUGGUCUACUUAAUUUGCGUGGACCAAUCGUUGGACCGGGAGGAGAAGGACGCGUACAACAUCACGGUGGUGGCCACCGACUCGGGGUCACCUCCACUGCGGGCCACGGCCAAUUUCUCCCUGCACAUCCGAGACGUCAACGACAACGCCCCCGUGUUCGAGCAGACAGAGUACCUCGCUUCCGUCCCAGACUCGGCUCCCGUGGGCACGCCCGUGCUGCGGGUGACAGCCGCGGACCGCGACUCCGGCGUCAACGCGGUCGUGCGCUACGCCCUGGAGGCCUCGGCGUACGGCCACCCGGCGGCGUGGUUCAGCGUGGACCCCUUCUCGGGUUGGUUGCGCACCGCCGCGCCGCUCGACCGCGCGGCCCACCCGAGGCCCCGGCUCACGGUCGUGGCGAGGGACGACGGGCGGCCGUCGCUGUCCGCGUCCGCGGCCGUCACCGUCACGAUCGAGGACGCCGCCGGACUUCACGGCCUCGACGCCGGGCCGCCCGUGUUCUCGCAGGUCGUGUACAACGCCUCGCUGCCGGCGAACGCGCGCGCGGGCACCUGCUUCCUGCAGGUGCGCGCGAGCCUCCCCCGAGGCGGCGGUGGCACCGGCCCCGUGAGCUUCUCCCUGGACGGCGCGCACGGUGGGGGGCCCGUCCCGUUCAGGAUCGACCCCCCCUCAGGGUGGAUCUGCACCACGGGAGCCCUGGGGCCCGACUCGGCUCCGUACCUCCUCGCCGCACGCGCACGCGACGCGGCUGGGCACACCUCUGAGAGCUUGGUGCGCGUGUCGCUGGGCUCCGUGGCCCCGCGGCCCCCCGAGUUCUACCCGGCCACGUACACAGUGCACGUGCUGCGGGGGAGUGCGGCCGGCACGCGCGUCACCGCCGUGGUGGCCACCGACGGCUCUCCCGGCCCGCUCGUUUACUCCAUCGGCGCCGGCAACCAGGACUCGCUGUUCCGCCUGGAUCCGUCCAGCGGGGUGAUCUCGCUGGCUCGGCACACGGGGGACGCGCCCGCCGCGGUGCGAGCGCUGGCCGUGUGGGCGCGCGGAGCCGGGGGCCUCUCCCGCGCCGCGGCCAACGUCAGCGUCAGCUUCGUGUCUCCGGGUCGUGCCGCGCCGCUCUUCUUGCGCGACCGCCACACCGAGUCCGUGCCAGAGGACGCGCGCGUCGGCACGAGCGUGGGGACCGCACGCGCCAGCAGCACCUCCGGUCGCGUGCGUCACACCUUGUCGGGGGGCGACCCCCACGGCCGCUUUGCGGUGGAUCCGCUGAGCGGCACGAUCCGAACGCAGGCCCCGCUCGACCACGAGACGGCGCCGGUGGCGACGCUCGCCGUGACGGCGGCCUCGGGGGACCCUCCCAUGUACGGCACCGCCACGGUCACCGUCCUCGUCGGCGACGUCAACGACAACGCGCCCGCCUUUACCGCCGGCCACAAUGCCGCCGUCGCCCUGCCGCGCGGCGCCCGGGUCGGCUCCGCCGUUUACGCGGCGCGGGCCACGGAUGCCGACUCCGGACCCAACGGCCAGGUGCGAUACCGGCUGCGGUCGAGCGCCGGAGGCCGAUUCGGGGUGAACUCCUCCACCGGAAGCGUCACCCUCCUGAGGCCCGUGAGCGCCGAGCCGGGCGACGUCUCCCGCCAGGUCGUCGUGUUGGCCGAGGACGCCGGAACGCCGGCGCUCACGGCCACCCUCACCCUGUCCGUGCUGAUGCCGGGAGAUCGGAGCGGGUUGGCGUUCGAGCAGGAGACGUACCGCUUGGCGGUGGGCGUCGACACGGCACCCGACACGCGUCUGCUGCGGCUGAGCGCCGGGGGGGGCGGCGGGGACUCCGGGGUGACCUACGGCCUGCGGGACGCCGGCGGCGGCGUGUCGGUGUCGCCGUCGGACGGCUGGCUGUACGUGCGGCGCUCCCUGGAGGGGGAGGCGCCGGGCGUGCGCACGCUGCACGUGCUCGCCUGGAACCCGGCCGCACCGAGCGAGCGCACGGCCACGGCGACGGUGAGCCUCACCGUGACGGCCGCCGGGGCUCUGCCGGCCGCGCGGGACGACGGCUCCUGCGCUCCGGGCGAGAGCACGCGCCGCCUGCACGUGCCGGAGAAUCGGCCGGCAAGGACGAGCCUCGGCAGGAUGGCCCAGGCCGCCGGUGGUCAGCUGGCGCACGCCCAGUACCGCCUCUCGCCGGCCCACGACCACUUCCACAUCGACGCCGUGACAGGUGAGCUCAGCACGCGGACGGCGCUGGACAGGGAGGAACAGGGCGAGUACCGACUGCAGGUGGUGGUCACUCGAGCCGGCACGGAGGAGAGCGUCACGGUGUGCGUGACAGUCACCGACGACAACGACAACACUCCCACCUUCGUCGCCAUGGCAACAAACCCGCUGGAGCUCCAGGUUCACCCCGGAGCCGAUUCCGGCUGGACGCUGGGCCGCCUCACGGCCCUGGACCCGGACGCCGGGGAGAAUGGCACCGUAGUCUACUCGCUGGCGGGUCCAGACGCGCCUUGGUUCCGGAUACACGCCGACAGCGGCGUGGUGAGCACGGCCGGCUGGCUGGGCGCCGAGCGGACUCGAUACUCCCUGGUGGUGACGGCGGCCGACAGGGGCCAACCUCCUCUCAACAGCUCCAUGCAGCUGCACGUGCAGGUGCGGGCUAUGAAGGGCCUCUUGGAGGCUCCCGAGUCCUCGGUGGUCCAUCUCGUGGCGGUGGAGGGGACCAGGCCUGGCACCGUGAUCGGCUCGGUUUGCGCCAAUGCAAGUUCCGGGGUGGGCUGUAAGAGCGACGCGGAGGUCUUGUACCGCAUUGUGGGGGGCACUGAUCGAUGGGGGACAUUUGGAGUGGAUGCGACCACCGGACACGUCUACCUGGCACGCGAGCUGGACUACGAGGUCUCCCCCACGUACCAGCUGCAGGUCGCCGUCGAGACGGUGACAUCUGCGUUCGCGUCGCCCGGCCGCUUCCUGCUGCUCGUGUUCGUGAGCGUCACGGACGUGAACGAGCACACGCCGAGGUUUGUGCAGGAGGCCCCGCGCAUCUCUGUGCAGGAGGGCCUCCCCGUGGGCCGUGCCGUGCACACCUUCCGGGCGACGGACGCCGACGGGAGCCUCCCGAACCGCGACGUCCGCUACGAGCUGGCGCUGCAGACGCCCGGCUCCCCCGCGGCGUUCGCACUCGACCCCGUGACCGGCGUGCUCAGCACCGCCGUGGCCCUGGACCGCGAGGCCGUCCCGGCCUUCCUGCUCGUCGUCAGGGCGACGGACCAAGCGCGCGAGCCCGCUCGGCGCCGGGCCUCCGAGGUCACGGCGCUCGUGACGGUCGGCGACGACAACGACAACUCCCCCGUGUUCCUGUCGGCCAAUCGCAGCGCCGUGCCGGAGAAUGCUCCCCCCGGGUUUCCCAUAAUGCACGUGGUGGCGCGGGACGCCGACCUCGCCGAGAACGGCACCGUGCGCUACGCGAUUGCCGACGGCGACAAGGACGGGGCGUUCGGCCUGCACCCCGUCACAGGCCUGCUCUCCGUGGCGCGGCCGCUGGAUCGCGAGCGGAGAGCCGAGUACACGAUCACGGUCGACGCUCGCGACGGGGGGCGCCCCCCACGUAGCAGCAGCCAGGUCGUCACGGUCGCCCUGCGCGACGCCAACGACGAACCUCCGCGCUUCCCGCAGCACGAGCAGGCGGCCAGCGUGCGGGAAAACGCGCCCCCCAACACCCCCGUGACUCGGCUGCAGGCCACAGACCCAGACACAGGGGCGAACGGAGCGCUGGAGUUUGAGAUCCCGGAGGGGGUGGCCGGCGGCUGCUUCCGCAUCGACCGCUCGUCGGGGCAGAUGAGCACGACGAGGAGCCUGGACCGGGAGGAGCGGGGAGACUACGACGUCCCCGUGUUGGUGCGGGACGGGGGCCGGCCGGCACGCUGGGCCGUCACGGUGGUGCGCGUCGCCGUGCUGGACGAGAACGACCACGCGCCGCGCUUCGGCCCGCACCUUGCCGGGAUGCAGCUGCAGGUUCCCGAGAACCGCGAGCCGGGACCGCUGCUGCCGCUGUCGGCGUGGGACCCCGACGCCGGGGAGAACGGGCGAGUCACGUUCCACAUCGUGGGUGGCGACCCGCGCGGGGCCUUCCACGUGCACGCGGACACGGGUCUGCUGUCGACCGCACGGCCGCUGGACCGCGAGGCCGUCCCCUCCUACGAGCUGCGGCUGGAGGCGCGGGACCAGGGGGAGCCGGCACGCUCGCACGCCAUCGCCGUCUCCGUGUCGGUGACGGACGAGAACGACCACGCGCCCGCCUUCCCGCAGCCCGCCUACCGGGCCUCCUUGCCGGAGGACGCGCCCCCGGGCACCUCCGUGCUGCGGGUGGCGGCCGGCGACCCGGACCGGGGCGCCAACGCGGCGCUGGUGUACUGGCUGGAGGGCUCCGCCGGCGGGGCCUUCUGGGUGGACGAGCGCUCGGGGACGGUGCGCACGCGCUCGCCCCUGGACCGCGAGGCGAGGGACUCGUACCGCUUCUUCGUGGUCGCGUCGGACUCGAGCCCCGGCAACCCGCGCAGCGCCUCUGUGGCCGUCACCGUGACCGUGCAGGACGUCAACGACAACGUGCCCGUAUUCCUGCAGGAGCUGCUGGAGGUGACCGUGCCGGCGGCCUCGGUGGACGGGGAGGUUCUGGGGCGGCUGCAGGCCCGGGACGCGGACUACGGGCCCAACGCGGCCGUGCUCUACCGCGUCCAGGACCCACGCGUCACCGUGGACAGCCGCACCGGCGAGCUGCGGACCCGGCCGGGCUGGGGGGGCGGGCCGGCCUCCUGGGACCCAAUCGUCGUCACGGCGACGGACCAGGGCAGCCCGCCCCACUCCGCGUCCGCCUUGCUGCUGCUGACGCGGCAAAACUCGGCGCAAGCCGCGCUCCGCUUCUCCCGCCAGCUGUACGCGGCGACGCUGCCGGAGCACGCGCCCAGAGGCACCGUCGUCGCCACAGUGGAGGCUGCGUAUCAGGAUGGAUCCAGUGGCCGCAUCAUCUACAGCAUCGUCAACAACCAAAACAUUUUCUACAUUGACAGCAACACAGGGGCGGUACACGUUCAGGACGCGGCCGCGCUGGACUACGAGGUCUCCCCGCGUCUCCGGGCGGUGGUGUCGGCCAAGGCCGAGGCAGGAGGGGGUCGAGGGCCCCAGGCGUUCGCCGUGCUGGAGGUGACGCUGACCGACGUCAAUGACCACGAGCCGGUGUUCCAGCACGACCGCUACGUGGCCUUCGUACGCGAGCAGAGCAGCUAUGGCACCGACAUCGCCACGGUGCUGGCCAAGGAUCGAGACGAUGGCUCCAGCCGGGAACUCGUCUACUCCAUUCCAUCCGGCGAGCACGCCAGCAUCUUCCAGAUCAAUCGCCAUGGGAACAUCAGCACGAACACCAUCCUGGACCACGAGAUCACCGAUUUCUACAGGGUGGUGGUGUGGGCGGUGGAUCAGGGCAGCCCUCCCCUCACGGGCUCCACAACGCUCUCCGUCUUCGUGGUGGACACCAACGACAACACGCCCACCAUCCCGCGGCCCCCCACGCUCAGCCUGCGCGAAGACAUGGAGCCCGGCUCUCUGGUCACCCUGGUGACGGCCAACGACGUGGACUCGUACCCGGCCCUGGAGUACAGCUUGGCGGCGCAAGCCGGCGGCGUGCCGGAGGGCGAGGGGGCCGGCGGGCCCUUCGGACUGGUGCGCUGGCAGGGCUCGCUGCUGCUGUCGCGCGCACUGGACCGGGAGCGGGCGGCCCGGCACACGGUGUCGGUGCUGGCGUGGGACGGGCGGCACGCCGCCGUGGGCAACCUCACCCUGCACGUCACCGACGUCAACGACAACGCGCCCGCGUUCGACCAACCGCACUACCGGGCCUCCGUGGUGGCGGACAGCCCCAUGGGCACGGCCGUCGCGAGGGUGGUGGCGCUCGACCCGGACGCGGAGGAAAACGGCCGAGUGUCGUACCGCGUGGCGUCGUCCAGUACAGCCGGGUUCUCCGUCCACCAGCUCGACGGCUCGGUGGUGGUGACGGGUCCCCUGCAGGUGAACUCGAGCGACGGGUUGGCCUGGUUGGUGGUGGAGGCACGAGAUGGGGGGCGUCCCCCGCUCAGCGCCUCCGUUCCGGUGUUCGUCGAGCUCUCGCGAGGCCCCGUGUCUCCCCCCCUGCUGCGUGUGCACGUGGCCCGGGCCCACGGCCUGUCGGUGAGCGAGGACACCCCCAGCGGCACGGUGCUCACCACGCUCACCGCAGAAACGGCGUCGCGCGACGGCGAGGGCGUGGCGUACAGCAUCGUGGCCGGGGACGAGAAAGGGAUCUUUGCCGUUGACACUCAGCAAACGUCACCCACGGCAGCCCCCGACGUGACGGGAAGCCUCCUGCUGCUGGGACGACUUGACUUUGAGACCAAAGCAUUUUACAACCUGACUAUUGUGGCAUUCGACGGCACGGGCGCCCACGGCAACGCGACCGUCAAUGCGAUCGUGCGCGUCACCGACGCGAACGAUAACCCGCCCGUGUUCAGCGUCCUGGAGUACCACGCGAGCGUCAACGAGGAUCUGGCGCUGGGCACCGGCGUUGUCCGAGUGGCGGCCACUGACCCCGACUCGCAGUUGAGCGGCGGCAUCCACUACAGCAUCAGCUCGGGAAACGAGCGCAGCCUAUUUGGGAUCGGCGAGUCUUCGGGCGCCAUCUCCCUUUUGGGGCCGUUGGAUCGCGAGCGGCAGGAGCAGCACAAUCUCACCGUGCUGGCCUGGGACGGCGCGCACGCGGCCCUCGCUGUCGUCUCGAUCAACGUCGAGGACGUCAACGACAACGCCCCCUUCUUCCCCGCGGAGCGGCUGUACGCCAGCGUGCUGGAGAAUGAGCCCGCGGGCAGCCUGGUGACCGUGUUGCGGGCCGUGGACUGGGACACGGGCCCCUACGGAGCGCUCUCCUACUCCACGCUCAACCGCUCCGCGGGGAGCGUGGCGAGCGAGGGGGCGGGAGUGUUCGCGCUGGACCCCGUCACGGGCGAGCUGCGCACGCGCGUGGCUCUCGACAGAGAGAGCGUCUCACGCUACGUGCUCGCGGUACGAGCGGAGGACCUGGGCGGGCUGUCCGCCACCGUCGGUGUGAUCGUGCAUGUAACCGGCGUCGAUGAGUUCGAGCCCACGUUCACGGAGGCCACGUACCAGUUCACCGUCCUGGAGAACGCGCAGGCAGGAGAGAGCGUAGGCGUGGUCAGUGCCACAGAUAAAGACGGAGGCUUGGAUGGAAUCGUGCUCUAUUAUCUAAAAUACCCCUCUGUGUAUUUCGGGAUCAAUGAAACAACUGGACACAUUUAUUUAAAAGUUAACAGUCGGACUGGCCUACACCAACGUCGAUUUAGACGUGAUGCCAGGGAAGUUUUUCUGAAAAUUCUAGCAAAGAGCCCACUACCCGAGUCUCGAAUAUCAAUUGCUGUCGCGGUGAUGGACGUGACGCACACCGCCAUCGGGAUUGAAAGAGAAGGCUCAAGCAUCUUUCUGGCUGUCGGCCUGGCCGUGGGAUUCGGGGUCUUUGCCGUGGUUCUCAUUGUGCUGCUCGUCGUCCUGAUCCGACGCAAGAGGCAGUCUGGAAAAGGCGGCGGCAAGACCGGUGGCAGCGGCCGCCCGUCGCAGAUGGACAUGCAGCUGGUGGAGCCCGCAGACAUGUACCGCACGGUGCUGCCCCAUUACUCGGCCGUGGGGCCCGCUCUCAUGGGGCCCGACUUCCCCGACCACUCGGCCCACUCCCACUCCAGCGGACGCGGCUCCGCGGAGGGAGAUGCCGCGGCGGACGACGAGAUCCGCAUGAUCACGGAGAACCCGGCCCGCGGGCCGCACGGCUACCACGGCCCGGCGGGGGCCCAUUCGACUCUACGAGGCCCGGAUUCCGGUAUCCAGCACGACACCGACCACCUGUCCGACAUUUCGCACGUCACGCAUCUCUCUUCCGAGAUGCGCGGCGGCGGUCUGGGAGCGAACGAGGUGUCCGGAUUGCGCUCCCCGCUGGCCAGCGUGGCGGACGAGUGCGACUCGGGCCGCAGAUCGGACUCGAUCCGCAACUUCAUUCUGCAGACGCUGCAGCAGGCCGAGCGGGCGGCGAACCACGGGGGCGGCCGGGAGGCCGGCGCGACUAGCCGAGUCUCGAGAGGCUCCAGCGAAGACGGCCGACCUCCGGUGGAGGGGGCGCUCACUUCCAUCGUGGCCUCCGAGGAGGAGCUGCGAGGGAGCUACGACUGGGACUACCUGUUGAACUGGAGCCCUCGCUUCCAGCCGCUGGCCGGGGUGUUUGCGGAGAUCGGGCGCCUGAAGGACGAGUCGCUGCACAGCCAGCAAAAGUCGUCUGCGCUGCGAGCGCGCGUCCAGCACAAGCCGCACGUCCUUCCACCGCCGCUCAUCACCAGCGUGGUGCCGCCGGGCACCCGCGCCGUGGCGCCGCGUCCCGUCAUGUCGUGGACUACCAUCCCGCGCUCGCCCAUCACGCAUGAGCCGCUCUCCACGUCGCACGCCAUGUCCCCCAGCCUGACGCCCUCGCUGUCGCCGCUCGCCACUCGCUCGCCCGUCGUGUCGCCUUUCGUCACCUCCCAGCCCCACGGCCCCACUGCCGUCAUAUUUGGUAACGGACAGUCUCCCGACGGGGCGGGCGAGGAUCCGGAGAUGCACAUAUGACAACCGUGCGAUUAAAAAGUCUGUUUCUAUUUGGAUCCACGCGAUCCACCCGCACUGUUGGACAUGCUGUGAACACGGUUUUGCUUAAGUGAAUUAACUCUCGCUAAAGGGUUGAUUCGUGAGUCGGUAGUUUUCAUAAACUCGCGUCCGCUCUUAAGAUUCUCAGUCCAACACUGAUCCAGCGAUCACCAUCUUAACCACAGUACAGUAUUACAACACAGUAUUACAGCCUUCCAUGUUUGCAGUAUGAUGGAAAAGUAAACUUCUUGAAAUGACCAAGUCGAACAUAUAAUGCACCAAGGCCGUGGGCCCGAGUCCCCGAAAGCAUCAAGGAACAAGUAACGGCGGACACUCCUGCAAGGGCUGCAUGGUGUCAACCCAAGAGCUCCUGCCCGACCUCCUCCUCAAUCCACCAUCGCCACACAAGGAGGCCUUGCACGCAGCAGCAGCACCACCAACACCACCACCACCGGCUGGCUGCCUUUGUGGAGCUCACUACGGGCUUGCACGCGUGCAGCACCAGUCGGCAUCACUUUUGCACACACACACACACGUGCACUGCAUGAAUGCACUUUGUGCACACAGCUACAGGACGUGCCUGUACAUGGUUACUGUGCAUACACACAUAUGUCCAGGUGUGUGUGUGUGUGUCGGAGCCACGGGGCAGAGUUGGGCACGUCGGGAUGUCCGCGAGUAGUAUUGGUAAUCGUGUACAGUAUUGUGUCUUUUUGUUUGUGCGCUGCUGUGUAUUAACGGUGUCAGAUUAGUGCAGUGCGGUCUUGUGCACGCGAACAUGUCGCUGUUUAGCGGUGAGUAGCGUAGUCAUUGUGUUGUGUACGGUACAUUCAGUAUUUGCCUCGUUUGACGAGCCUGACGUAUUAUGACAUCGCUUGCUCUGCAGGUGGCACGUGUUGAGCUUCUACUUAGAUAACCCAACAUCAUGUGCCACUGACGUUUGAUUGAAUAUUGCAUGUUUAGUAAUUUGUAACUAAACCCAUUAAAUGUGGGUUUUUUCUAGAAA